AUGGAUAACGGAGAUAAAAGGUGGAUGAGCCUCCGAAGGUCAACUGAUGAGUACAUACAAGGAGUGAAUGAUUUUCUUAAUAAGACGUUUGAACGAGCUUCCCAAGGAAAUGAAAUAUUAUGCCCUUGUAAAGAGUGCGCUAAUUAUUUUUGGUAUUAUAGGAAUGUGGUGAAGGAUCACUUGAUUGUUAAUGGGUUUGUUCAUGGAUACACAAAAUGGGUUUUUUACGGGGAAGGAUUUUCCUCAAGAAAGACUCCAUGCCUAAGCAAUAAUGAUGAAGGUUCCGAGAUGCAUGAUGAUAUUGAUGGAUUACUUCAUGAUAUAUUUCGAAAUGUCGAGGUUGAUUUGGGACAUGAAAGAGUGAGGGAUGGACCUUCCGAAGAUGCAAAAAGAUUCUUUAAAUUAGUAGAAGAAGGAAAAGAAGAAUUAUAUCUAGGGUGUGAGAAUUUUUCCAAAUUGCGUUUUACGAUUCGAUUGUACUUGUUUAAGUGCAUUCACGGGUUGAGUAAUGUGGGAUUCACAGACUUGUUGGAGUUGUUAAAAGAGGUAUUUGCAUUUGCUCAGCUACCCGAGUCUUUCUACAAGGCAACAAGCAUGAUAAAAGAUUUGUGUCUUCAUUAUGGAAAAAUACAUGCAUGUCCUAAUGAUUGCAUGUUAUUUUGGAAUGACAAUAUAAAUGCAGAUACUUGUUCUGUGUGUGGGUCUUCUAGAUGGAAAAAUAUUGUUAAUGUCUUGACUAAUAAAAAGAUCAAAACCCCCGCAAAGGUUUUAAGGUACUUUCCAUUAAAGCCUCGCCUUCAAAGGAUAUUCAUGUGUCCCGAAACAGCUGCAGCUAUGAGAUGGCAUGCCACCGAACGACCGAAUGAUGGAAAUAUAAGACAUCCUGCUGAUGGUGAUGCUUAG